CUUACGCAUAAUAAUGGCAAUCGGUAAAUGUUCCCCUAAGAAUGAAAACUGCGUAUUAUCGAUUGAAUGAUUGUGUGAGGGCGUUGUUCAUGCCCCAAAAGUUGAAUAUCUUACAGGGACAUGCCUCGAAAAUCUUCGAUCCCGGAUCUUCCUGGAAGAUACUGAUGAUCAGGGUCUGGAACUGAGGUCACACGAUCGAGAAGUAACAGGCUCCCUGAUUGUGUGUCCGAUUUACUCUCAAGCCAAGUAUUAAAUCACUGCCGGUGAGGUCAAGCUGAAGAUGGGGACAAAGUCUUCGAAAGACUCCUUCACGAUAUCAGGACAGCCUCGGGUUGCUAACGAUGGGGCAAAAAGGUCCAAGUCGAAGGAAAAGGCAAUAAAACUCAACCCUAAGAUUAGAAAAGUGUGCGUCCAUCUAAUCGAAGACAGUCGGAACGUUGAUUACAUACUCAAGUUUUUCUUGAACAGACACGAAACCCAAGCAGACGAAAAGGCCUUAGUGAAUGACCCGUACGAGGCACAGGGCAUGAAUUUAAGGACGGAGGAACAAUAUAAGAGUGCCAAUUAUGCCGCCAGAAAACUGGAGUUCGUGAAAGCUAAAGACAAUACGGAAGUUGGCGAGUUUUUACAGUGGAUAAACUAUCAAGCGUUUCCCCCGAAUACCAUGCAUGAAUACCCGAGCCACCUGGAGGGCAUGGUUGCAAAAGUGAAACAGUUCGAUGGCGAAAUAGAAAAAGUAGUCGCUGAAAUCAACAGAGACAUUAGGAAAUUCAAAUAAGCCCAAUUUACAUUAAAUUUGCUGACUCAUCGGCAGCUAUGCCACUGGGCUGGGAACCACAGGUCGUCAGUUUAGGACUAGAUACUGAAAUGAAAAUCAUAGACCUAGACAUAUUUAUAUGUGUGUUAUAAUCAAUAUCUCGAGCGCUCGAGAAAACAAGUCCAUCGAUCGAGAUAUUUCCUGAA